UGAAACGUGUGGCAGCACUGGACCGUAUUUUGUUGUGCUUUUUUUUCGCGACAUUGGAAUUUCAGGAUUUCGGGAUUUGGUCGAGGAAACCCGGCAGCGGAAAUUCUGGAGUGGAUCGGCGAUGAGCAGCGGCACCGCCGGCUGCAAGCGCGUGCACAGCAUCGAGGUUGAGCAGCCGCUGGAGGCGGAGCGCGUGCAGCACGGCCUUUUGCUGGUCAAGGGGCGUCUGCAGCCCAAGUGCUCCACGGCGCGGCAACUGAAGGCCACCCUCGAUCUGCCCGAGAAUCCGCCCCGCGAGCAGUUGACCCAGCUGUCGGCCACCGGCGAGUUCAAGCUGCUCUUCGACUUGGAGCAGCCGGAAACGGGUCCAGAACCGAAACCAGAGUGUGGGGAUUCAGACGAGAGCGUCUGCCUGCUGGAGUUGCGCUCCUGCACUGCCGCCCGCCUGAUUCGGUUCAAGUACAAGCCCCGGCAGAGCUCCUACCGGGUGCAGCCGCUCUACCUGCUCUGCCAGGACGAGGAGAAGCCGGUGGAGCAGCAGCGCCAGGUGCAAUCCCUCAUCGAUCUCAAUCUGCGCCUCGUGCAAUCCAUCUACGCCCACAAGCUACAGGCAGCUGGCUUUGCCAACCGCACCUUCACUUUGAACGGCGAGUGCUGCUCCUUCCGCAGCCAGUUGACCCGUGAACAGGCGCUGGCCAAAAGCGAGGACGAGCUGUGGCAGCACUUCGCCGGCGAGAUCAUCGCCUGCCCGCAGUGGGGUCACCAGAUCCUCCUCAAGUUCGUGGCCUUCGUGGCCUGCACACACUACGACGGCGACGGAGUGGCGGCCAGUGGCGACUCCUCGUACGCGAGCAUACGGCGGCAUUUGAAGGGACACGCCGCCCUGGGAGGCGGCGGACUGGCCCUGUUCGGCAGCGCCCACUUCUACGCCUGGCCCAGGACCUUCUCGGAGAUCGGGGACUGUGUGCGGAGCACGGAACGGGUGGACAUCGCGCGGCUGCCGGACGAGAGCAACUACAGGCGGACGUACGGCGGCGUGUACGCCAGCACCUUGGGCGCCGUGUGCCACGAGCUGGGCCACUGCUUCGACCUGGGCCACACCACCGAGGGGGUGAUGGGCCAGGGCUUCGACUAUCUCAAUCGUGUGUUGACUGUGGAUCAGCCCACGGAGCAUUUACCGCAGAGGAUCGUGACGGCAGCGGGAGCAGCCAGGAGGACAGCCGCAGCCGCAUCUGCUGGCCCAUCGGAGGGAUCCGCUGCCCAGCGGCCUCGCUUCACCAAGCUGAAGCUGCAGAGCAGCAGCCAACUGCUGGACAACUAUCACAACCAAAGGCGCCACGACAGCUUCUACUUUGGCCGCAAUUGCGCCGUCAUUUUGGCCAACCAUCGCUGGCUCAACCUGGAACUGGAGGAGACCGCUGCCAGCUUUGAACCCGCCGAUAUCCAGCUGAACUGGGCCACCAAGGAGAUCGUGUCCAGCAGGCCCAUCCGGUUGGUAGAGCUGCGCUGCAAUCAGAACAGCCUGGUGGCCCACUACGAGGAGUUCGAAGCGAGGGGCGGUGAGGAGGCGCCUGUGCACCGCUUCCAGCUGCCCGCUUCGCUGUGGCAUCUCCUCGCGGAGCAGCGCACCCACUACGUUUUUGUACUGACCACCAGUGGCGACACCAAGCGGCUUUCCUGUGAUCUCUAA